CGGUCACACUGCAGGUGAUUCAAGACGCAAAAAAUUUAGGCGAUUUAAAGCGGGAGAAUAAUAUUAAUUAUACAACAAACAGACUAAAGGGAAUGUCCAAACGCAAGGCCGAGGAUACAAGCACCGAAAUGGCAUCGGGUGCAGAGAAAAUCAGCAUCAAGACAAACUUUACUAUUGGCUUGACAGAGCCACUGAAAGAAUAUCAGAAGCUGAUUGAGACCCAGGUGCAGGUUGAUGAAAUCGUCGACGAUGAAAUCAUCAAAAAUAACUUCGAAGGUAUCGCUGCAGCGGCGCGUGACGUCAUCUGGCAGCUGCUGUUUGCCGGCUCGGACGGCGACGGCGGCGUCACUAGUGAGUCACAGCAGAAGGCAUCGGAGCUGCUGGAGGAAUACAAAGGCGAUGCCACAUUCUAUGAUCCGUGGGAGUACAACGAUUGGAUUACCAAGCUGCGGGACGAAGUGCUGAAGAAGGAGCUCCUCGACUUUUGGCGCGACACAAUCGUGAAGAAACAGCUUGGGCCGUGCUGGUCGCGCGACUGUGAUCUGUUUGAUGGGGACGAUACGCCGCCGCUGGAGUUUUACGCCCAUGGCGGGUGCACGGCGCCGUUUGCGGCCAGCCUCAAAGUGCGAGCAGCCAACAAUGAGAUACGUGCUUCGGAUGCCUCCGAUGCAGAGUCGUCCAGGGAGCCACUCGAGGGCGAGGAGCGAUCUGCAGAACGCAGUGCGGACGAUGAGGCAGCCUUCACGGGCGUCUUUGACGCUGUAAUAACCCGGGAGCAGCCACUCAGCGAGUACCGCGACCUCAUGACACGCUUUGUGCUGACCGAUGUCAUUGUGCCUGAUGAAAUUCAGCAGGCCAGCGUCAAGAAGAUCGCCAAGGCUGCCCAGGACGUCAUAUGGCAGAUCCUGUUCGAGGGUGCGCCCUCCCAGGAAGACCAAGACAAGGCCGCUGAUCUGCUGCAGGAGUACAAAACAGAUUCCGGCUUCUAUGGCCCCUGGGAAUACAACGAAUGGAUAUUCAAGCUACGCGAUGAGGUGCUGGCCAAAGAGUUGCUCGACUUUUGGCGCGAGAAGAUUGUUAAGCUGGAGCUGGGUCCCUGCUGGUCACGCGACUCGGAUUUCUUCGAGAACGACGACGAUGUGCCCUUGGAGUUUUACAACAAGGCUGGCUGCAAGGCGCCCUUCAAUCCACCAGCCGAUACCUAGAUGGAUAGAAUCCCCUCCACUGAAGCCCCCACCACUCCGUUGCCUUCAGCUUUUUGAACACUAUCCUACUUUUUCGUUAAGUCUGUGGCCCACAAAUCAUUUUGGUACACAGUUGGUUUGUAAACUAAAUUAAAUAAAAAUUGCAUACAAAUAUGUGAAAUUAAGUUUUAAGAUCCACGCAACAGGUGUUUCCGAAAUUCCUCGAAUAUAAACAUUGUCUUUGACAUUCAAUUCAAAAAGAUUUUACAUU